AUGUCGGCCUCCUUCGUCGUCUCUCUUCGAGCCCACGGCUCAAGGUCUCAGUGGAGUUCUUCUUCUCUUUCGGCCUCCUCUCGUUCUUCUUCCUCAUCUUCUCCUCUCUCUCCUUCUUCUCCCUCGGUCAACGGACGACAGUGGUUGUCUGCCGAUUGUUCAUCUGCCGGUUCGUCUGCGUCCGUCUCCCUCUUCUUUGAGUCUGAGUCCAUUUGGAUCUGCGGCCAAGCAGCAUCGCCGUCGUUUCCUUCUUCUCCUCCUUCCCUUUCUCUUCGUUCUUCUUCUGAAGCAGAGGCUCUCACGGCAGCGGCGCCGCCGUCUUGGGGGCGGCCGAGCGAGACGCAGUGCAGAAGUCCAGAAACAGGACGAAGAGGAUACGGUGUAGAAGCGACAGGUGAAGGCGACGAAGCGAGAGAAGACGGAGAAGAACGCUCUGGAGAGGAACGUCCUCAGGGGGAGAAGCGACAAGUUGAGGACGCAGGGAAAGGCGUCGUCGAACCUGACCUGAGUUUCUCCUCAUGCACUGUAAAACGCGCACCGUCUACUCGCCUUGCCGUCCAUCUCUUCGACUCUUUUCUCUCGAGAAGAGAGGACGUUGUCGACAAUCCGACAGUGCCGAGGACGCCCUUGGAAGACGACGCAGGCCGCGCGCCUGAGACGAAGGGGAGUCUCAGUGGCAGGCGCGUCGGCGGCACGGAGGAAGCGGACCGGAUCUCGCAGGAUUCUCAAGGAGAUGGCAGACGCCAAAGCUCGGGAGACGGAGACCAAACGGACACAACAGAGAACUUCGAGAAACGCACAGUCGCAUGUCUCCCCAGCCUCCUCGUAUGGGAUGGCGACGUCUUCGGAUCUCCGGCAUUUGCCUGGAGACGCACAAAGAACCAGCGACGCUUGCUCAGCAGCCAUCAAGGCAAAGGGAAUCGAGCAGUAGAAAACCCAGAAAAACUAGAAGGGACAGAAAAGCUAGAAGAGACAGAGGAGACAGAAGAGACAGAAGCGAAUCGAGAAGGAGGAGACUGUGACGGAGUUCCGGAUAUCGACGAACUUUGCUCCAACCUUCUGGUCGAGCUCCACACAAAAUGCAGAAGCGACGAAGAAGUCUUGACUCUCCUCGAGAGUCUCACCUCUUGUCGCAGGCAGCCGUCUGAGACAAACGCAAACGGUGAAGAAGAUCACGAAGGUGAGGACAGGAAAGGAGGCGGCGAGAAAGCAAUCGAAAAAAGAGAACGACAAAGAGGAGAUCGCACCGAGGAAAAACACGGAACGCUGUGGAGAUUGCAAAGAGGAGACUUCCAGGCGCGGUUUGCGAUGGUUUUCUUUUCGGGCCAUCUCCGGAAGCUUUUCUUCUGCCGAGACAAAGUCGGUACACGCUCGCUUCUUUGCUGCUCCUCACUGCCGUCUUCGUCUCUCGACGUCGCGCCCUCUGGCGGCUCUUUGUCGAUGCCUUCGCGAGAGAUAGACGACUCAGCUCUCGCCGUCUCCGCUCCUCCGCCUUCCUCGUCUUCCUCCUCGACGUCUUCGCCUUUCGCUCCUCGGUCUGCCGCUUCUUCUGCGUCUCAUUGGGACGAACGAUUCUUCCGGCGUGGAGGCGAAGGCGGAGAGAGAAGACGCGUUUCUCUUGUUCCGCGACAAGGCGACGCGUUUCCUGCUCUUCUUCUCUCGCUUUCGAGUUCGACCUGCGCCGUCUGUCCUCCCUGGGAAGAGGAUGAAUCUGAAGAAAAUGUCGCGCAAAUCGAAGGGAUCUCUGAGAGACAGAAACAACACAGGGAGCAUCGUUCAGAGGCCUUCACAUUUGUGCUCCCUCCUGGAUGUUCCAUUACCACUCCAUUGAAGACCCGUACCGUCCAUUCUUCCUCUUCUUCUUGCUCUUCUUGCUCUUCUUCUUCCUCUUCUUCUUCUUCUUCGUCUUCUCCUGUGCUGCGCCUUUCUCAGGGGAUAGAGGGCAGGUCUUCUUGCGACUCUGCAACAGGCGCCAUUUCCGAAAGCUCCGCGGUUCGGGGCCUUGCAGGCUGUGCGUCUUCGGCCCACUCGCGCGUCUUCAAGCGACGAGAGGAGGUUCCCGUUGAUGGAGUUCGCGCACUGUCUCUCGACCGCAUCUUGUCUCUCCUCGACGAAUUCAGACACCCUCGUCACACAGAGACGCGGGACGACGACUGGCGGCGCCCAGCCCCCAACGAGGACAGACGACCGCCAGACAUGUGCGAGUCUCGCGCAGGUCUCAAACACAGUUAUCCUUGUUCUUCCGCCUCUUCUCCGUCGUCCUCUGUUUUCUCGCCUUCCUCCACAGUGAAUUCUUCAUCUGCCUCGCCUGCUUCUUCGCCUGUUUCUUCGUCUGCGCCACCGACUGCUGCUUCGUCUUGUUUGGAAUCUCUGGGUUCUCCGUCUGGACGGGAUUCGCCUGCGGGCGAGGCUGCGGAGGCUGAGGAGGCUGUGGAGGCUGAGGAGGCUGCGGAGGUGGGGGAAUCUGACGAAGCCUUUCUUUCGCGUUUGGCGCAGUCCGUUUUCUCUCCGACGCUCUCCUUCCUGCCCUGGAUGCGUUCGCCGCCUCUCGCCUCGCCGCACCUGUGGUGUCAGGUGCCAGGCUGCGCCGAGUGUCGCAGCAGAAAGGUUUCUUCGCGAGGCCUCCAGAGCCGCAAAAGUCCGACGGGAGACGCAGAGGAGGCCGCUACAGAGGCCGCGUUGUCCAGCGAGGCUCUCGGCGUUGCGCAGGCGCUCCUCCGCGAACUGGAAGAAGCUGUCUGGCGAUCGUGUAGCCCUCGGGGAAGCCGGGCGCCAGCAGACGCGAGGAGGGUGGAGACCAUGCCCGAGGGAAAGAAGGCCGAGGCGCGAGAAGAGAGAAAAGAGGAGGAAGGCGAGAAGAGAGGACAGGAAACGACAGGUGAGAGCGAAGAGGACAGUCUUGCGAUUCUGUUCUCAGGGGGCGUUGACUCGUCGUUGCUGGCCGCGCUCGUCCUUCGGCUCCUCUCGGAGGGUCGACUGGCGCCUCCACCUCUGGAGGGCGGAGGCGGAGAAGGCAGAGAGAGAGGCGAACGAGAGGACAAGCGAGCGCCGGCUGGUAGCAGACGAAAGUUCGUGGUGGAGCUCGUGAAUGUCGCGUUCACCGCAGCUGCCCCAGAUCGACUGACAGGUCUCGCGAGCUACGCAGAUCUUCUUCAGAGAUGGACGAACCUGGAGAAGACGGAACAGCGAAGUGCAGCCUUGAACCGAGGGUGCUGCGACCUCGAUCUCCGCUUUGUCUGCGUCGACGUCACUGAGGAAGAAGCAGUAAAUGCGGAGGAGGAAAUCCUCCGUCUCGUCGCGCCUCACGAGACACACAUGGACGUCAACAUCGCCUCGGCUCUCUACUUCGCUGCCAGAGGAAAAGGCUACCUGGUUUCGUCCUCCUUUUACAAAGAACCGGAGUGGAAGAGCCUUCUGGAGUCCAACGUCUGGGAACCUUUACACCUGCGAAGUAGCCCCGCGCCGAAGAUGGCAACUGCGUCAGUCUCGCACCAGAUCGGGACUGCUCGCGGCUUUCCUACGUCAGCGGCAACCUGUUCUCUCGCGUCUUCUUCUCUGUCCUCUUCUUCCUCAUCUCCCUCUGCUUCUCCUGGACGUUCGCUUUCUUCUCCUCCUUCUCCUGCUUCUGAUUCGCGUUCUUCUCCGGCGGCCCCUGCCUUUCUGGCUUGUCAAUUUUGUAGGAUGAAGGCGAAGGCGGGAUGCGUCCACGGCGCUUGUCGACUCUGUUGCUUGAAGCUUCUGCAGCUCGCGCAAGUCGAAGGCGAGGCAGCGCUCGCAGAUGCACGGAAACUAGGCGAAGGCGUUGCUGUUCCGGCGACAACUGCAAGCGAGAAAGAACAAAGGCCUCGGAAAGAUGGCCCAAACGCUUGCGAAGACGGGGGCGAACGCUGGCCUAGCUGUGGGGACGCGAGCGACCUGGAGGACCCGAAUGCGCGCAAGCCACGAAGCCUGCAUCUGGGAGGCAGAGGCUGGUUUUCAUUGCCUGCAGACCUCGUCCUUCACCAACUGUGUGCAGUCCACCGGGCGAGGCCGAGGAAGAAGCAAGAAAACGAGACAGAUGGAGACAAGGAGACACCUGCGGCAGCUGGCGACCGCUGCACGAUCCUCGCCGCUGCGACUGGAGGGAAGAGCGAGAAGGCAACGGCCGUUGGUCGCAGCGACGACGCGGAGUCUCGAGAGCCGCAGACGCGCGGCGGAACGGGUCGUUCCACCUUCUCUGCAGACGAGAAAAAACGCAGAGACUCUCUGUCUCCGAUGGAUGCCCCUCUGCCGUGGUACGCUGCCUGUGGCGACGGCGGCGGGGGGAGUCUCGCGUCGACAGAACCUCCAAGAAAGACGUACGAAGUCCGGAGUCGCGUCUUCCUCCUCGGCAGCGGCGCGGACGAACUGUUCGGCGGCUACGGACGCCACCGCACUGCCCGCCUGCGACGCGGCGCCGAGGCCGUUCGAGCCGAGAUGCUUCUAGACCUUCGUCGCCUCUGGCGCCGGAACCUCGGCCGAGAUAGCCGCAUCUUCUCGCAUUUCUCGCGUGUUCCUCGACUGCCGUUCCUUGACGCGUUCUUUCUCGAGUUCGUCGACUCUGCCCUGCCUUUCUCCUGCAUCCUCUCCCCGCCUUCUCCUCCUUCUCGUCUUGCGGAUUCGCCACAGACGAACGAAAGCAACGCCCCUCUGGGGAGACACCGCGACAACAGCGAGAGCGGCACACCGCUUCCAACCCAGUCUUUUUCUGUCGCGUCGCCGCGUUCUUCAUCCCAGUCCUGCCCUUCUCCCCGCGCCUCCCCAGCUCCCGCGACGCUCCCCAUGUCUCCUUCUUGUUCUUCCUCGUCUCCUCACUGUGCUUCUUUUUCUUCUUCUUCUUCUUCUUGUUCCCUUUCUGCCUCUUCUUCUCCUUCUCCCGCUUCUGCGUUUUCUUCUCCUUCUCCCGCUUCUGAAGCGCCUCGGGAGCUGGCGGCCUCAGUCCAUGCGCAGCUCCGAGCGACUCCUGCAUGGCGGUCGAGCAAAUGGCUGGUGCGAAUCUGCGCGCUUCUUGAGGAAAUGUUCUUCGCGGCCUUCGCGCGGAAGCGGGCGAUUCAGUUCGGCACUCGCGCCGCGCAGCUCUCGAAUCGUCGGUGCGCGCUCUCGAACCGCCAAGUCAAAGGCACAGAGCGUUUCAGAGAACCCCCAAGAGAGUAG